GGGCACUCUCCCGAUCGGCCCAUCAUUUUUUUUUCGUAUUCAUACAGCGAGCUAAGUUACCUGAAGGAUAUUAAAUUGUUAGUACGAAAAAUACUACGACCCACCCACGCUAGCCACUCAAGCCCCAGAAGAUUUUUCGUUAUCAAGUGUGAAGUAGUUAAAAUGAUGCUUACCUGUCAUUUUACCUCGUGCGCAUCAUGCAAUAGCCCUCGCCAUGUUGUUGAUACUGUGACCUCCGCGAUUUGUCUUUAUGUAGAACAAGGCCCGCUCUAUGCGGGCGCGGCUUUUUAAGUAAGCCCACCUGGUGCGGUGUGGGUGCAGCUAAAGCCUAUAGCCUAGAUCAUUCAUCGAUCUAGAGUUCGUUUUUACUAGGUCUUUGUCAUUAUAGACGACCCUGAACAACGAGCAAUAAAAUGCCGGCGAAGACUGCCUACGAGGAGAUGGAGGACCUGAUCACGACGGUCUUCUAUCUGCUCGAUGUUUCUCAGGACGGUACGCUUUCCAUCGACGAGUGCGGCCCGGUGCUCCGGUACCUCGCCCAGGCGAUCGGGUCUUUUUUGUCGCCCAACGAGCUGGAUGAGAUCUUUCGGGAGUCCGCGGGCUCCGAUUCCAAGAUCGACCUGGACGAGUUUCACGAUCACAUGCAGGGUUUGCUGGAGUCCUGUUCGAAACCAAAAAAGCUGCAGAGCGCACUGAUCGAGUUCGCCGCAAAGAAGUCUUUCGAGCAGAACCGUUGGGUUUUUGUGCCCUGCUACGGGCACGAAUUGGGACAGGGGCAGGUAAGUAGGAUAUCAGCAGGAGCCGGAGGGGGUAGCAAUGGGAAUGCAAAUAAAAACGGCAAUAAAGAGCAACCGCCUCUGAAUCCAAUGGUGCAGAAGUACAAACAAGAUCCGAAGUCUUGCAAGACCCUGCAGCAGAUGAAACAGCUGUACCCAAACGCCAAGUCCGGUUACUGGUACAACACGAAAACGCACAACGUCACCCCGGUCGGGUGGCCGAACCAGCCGGCGGACCACCUGGAUUUUAUCGAGGUGCCCUUCUUGACCAUCCCGAUCCACCAGACGGACGGCUACCGCAAUUUUCCGAACGACAGCCGCUGCAACCCGUUCGCGCUGGCCACCACGCUCAAGAACGAGCACGCGUUGCUAAAGAAGGCGGAUUUGGGCGUCAUGGUGGGCAACUGGGUGGUGCGGGAUUUAUUCGAGCCGGGAAGUACGGGCGGGUUCGAGUCGCCCGCGAGCGCAACCAGGGAACCGAUUAGUGACAGAAAUGGUUCCAACAGCAACGACGAAACGAGCCAAGGAGCGGUGAGGUUUGAUGACCAAAGCACGACGACCGGCGCGAUUGAUGCGCUGAACUCGUGGGACAUCACCAUCACGAAAGAUUUCACGUUUAACCUCCAGGAAAACCAGUUUGCCGCGGAGCCGCUCCCGAAGGAGCGAUUCCAGAUGUGCUUGCCGAACGACGUGAUCCCUUUCCUGCACUUCAAAUCCGUGUACCCGCAGUUCCACUUCUGCUGGCGGCUGGACUUGGAGCAGAACGACGGGUCGCGCGCGAACAUGCUGGGCCCCUUUGUCCCGGUGCGGUCGGAAUUUGCGGAGCAAAGCUCGGAGCCCGCUCCACCGACGCUGUGGUUCCAGAACUUGGACGACGAUUUCUGGAUGUACCCCAUGGACGGCUUCAAUCAGGAGUUUCUGUCCGCGAGCAGGCGAAGAAGCUACCUGGGCAUCUCCACCGCGGUCGAUAGGCAGGAGAGAAAACGGAAAGCCGAGCACCCGUUCACGCUCUUCGACGGCCCCUGGACGUUGUACCAGCACGCAGACAGCGUCAACCUCGCCGCGUCAGCGGUUAGCACGACGGGGCAGAAGAACUUAGCGCCGGCGCUCGCGGACCUCGGGAGAGUGCUGAAAUUCCGGUUGACUGGUGGAAGUUACCUGCCAGGAGCGGGGGAAAAGGGCGGGGCGCCGACGAACAACAAGCAGGAAGCAGGAGACCACAGUGAUCAGUUGAUGGAAUUAGAAAUAUGUGAGCCAGAUUCCGUGUGUCCGCACUUGCACAUGAAGCUGCCCUGGUGCAAGCAAUUUCUGGAGGAAACCGGCGACCGACCGAUCGUCAGGCUGGAGGACGAUUCGGAGCUGGAUAAACUGAUGGGGAUAAGCCCCUCAGCGGAAGACCAAACGGAGAAGGAAACCGAUGGCAAGAAGAAAAAAGGAAAAAGCCCUCGGAGCCGGGCGAAUGUCGCAAGGAAGCAGACUGCCGCAGAGUUGGAGGAAAAGGCGAAACAGACGAAAAAGGAGCAGCUAAAAGAGAUUCCCGCGAAUACAAAACUACGGUUUAUCCCAUUUCAAUGGGACCCGUAUCAGUACAAGCGGGACAUGUUCUGCGGCCCCGAGGGGAUUCUGUUGGAGAAACGGUUUGACGUGACGCAGUUUGACGGGGUCUACCUUGUCACCGCGCUCGACCGGUUAGACAAGCCCAUCGUGAACGACAACAGCAAAGCCCCGACGAAGUUCCGCGUUCACGUGGAGCACGGGGAAUUCACGUUCCCCGCGGAGAUCGCAUCGCCGGAUGUCAUUCAGACGUUGCAGCUCUCGCUCCGCCCGGGCUCCGCGACUGGGACGAGCGCGAAGGCCGCGAACGACGCGAUCCGAAUGAAGCAAAUCCCCGCAAAUGCGGACAUCUUUUUCGACUUGGAGGCACCAGUCACCCACUUCGGCGAUCGCGGAGAACCCGCACGGUACUACCAGAGCCUUGACGAUACCUAUGAAGGGUUGCAGAUCAUGGACGAAGAUGCGGAGGAACAGCAGGCCCAACAAAAUAAGCAGGCUCAACAUCCGCAAACGAAACUUCCGCAAUUCCGUUUCGAACUAGAUCGCGAAACGGUCGAGGAGGAAUGGUUUGACGGGGCUUUUUCCUUCCUCCUGGAGAAGCAAGUUCCCUUCACGAAAUACGACGGCAAGUACAACUUCAGUUGCCAACUAGAGCAGGACUCGCUGGAUUCCAGCGGGGAGGUGGUGGUGAAAAACGGUAUGUUCACCCUGCUCUUCGUCAACCCCGACACGGGGAACGUGACCUCAGUGAAGUCCGCUUUUGAGGAGGAGAAGCCAGAGCCAACGAUCUCCAACCUUCCGCAGAAUGAAAAUCUAAAUCCGAACGACGUGACGCCGAAUCUGACGCCACGACCGCGCCCGCCGGGGGUGACGGAUCUGGAGCAGACGAAAGCUAUGAAGAUGAACGAGAAAAUCCAGCCGGUGUUUUUUCACUUCGUUCCCAACGACGACACGACGAAAUGCGUCUUGCAGGUGGAGGAUUUCGGCGAGCUGCGGUUUCAGCACCCGGAAAACGCCAACAUUUCCGCGGUGUUUUCCAAAAUCCACGACGUGCACGAGAACGUGGUCGAAAACGUGGCCGCGCACUCGCCGGAGUCGAAGGAACUACUGACGCAGUUGAAGGGUCACUUCGUGAUGAAGGUUUUCGCCCAGGAGGAGCGGGUGGUGAACACGAAGCGGCAGGAGAAGCAACUGCAGAUGCUGGAUGCGGAAAUCGAAGCGAUGUCGAUGAAGGACGAGAAAUACAUGAUGCCUUUUCCCGACCUGAAUGACGGGGAGGAAGAUCAAGACCUGAACAGUACCACCACCGGGGAGGGUGGAAUCAACGCCACUACGGACAUAUGCAUUGCAAAAGCAUCGUACUAGAACUAGUAUAAAUUGCAUCACAAAUUUUGGCAAGAAGGGAAGUGGAAUUUGUAAUGCUGUUUUCCCCUCGGAAAAGCAUAUUUGCAAUGAGUACGAGUACGAUACUUUUGCACAGGAUAGGACACGCAGUCCGAGGACAAGCUGCUCUUCGAGCACGAUCAGACCAGACAAGCGAGCACCGGGGAGGCGCUGAACUUGCAGGUGAAUGUGGACAAACUUGGAAACCUCGACCUGCACUUUCCCUACCAGCCGACCAUGAAGGGCGUCCGGUUCUUUCCGCCCGGGGCGAACAAUCUCCCCAACUUCCACUUUAUCAUUCCCGAAUGGAACCACGGUGCUCUCAUGCUUCCCGAGGACGUUUCGAUCUCCGUUUUGUCAGCGCAGUUGCGCGAGCGGGAGUCGUCGGUCGUCAUCCCCUGGAUUUACAAAUCGUUGCGGCCCAUCGUCGGCGUCGGAGAUACCUUGGCCUCUUCCGCGAGCUUUUUCUCCCAGCAGAACCAGCUGCAGCGAAUGCUCCUGUCCGCCCGGAUCUUCUGGGACCGCAGGUUUCACGUGGGGCACUUUGACGGACGGUGGUUGCUCCGGUUCUUCGACUUGGACCUUGUCGAGGAGUAUGAGAAGGCGAUGGAGCAGAAAAACGUCAUACAGGUUCUUCCCGCAUCUCCAAACGGAAACAGGAAAAACAACGGCCAUUCCCCCCGCGGGGGCGGCGCCGGGAAUAAAGCGCAACUUGCCCGAGCGAACACGGUCGCGCUGCAGCCGCCGCCACCGCUGGUGGAGAUUCGCUGUUCGAUUGAAGAGGGCGAGCUGAUUCUCGCACAGAGGGAGGACAUCGCCACGUUAUCUGCCGAGGAAGCCAGCAUGAGCCUGCACGAAAUUCUGUUUGGGAAAGACUACGGGGACGUGACGCAGAUGAGCAGCGGUGGAACAAGCGGCAGUGCAGGUGCAACUUCUGGCACUAGUAGUGCGCAGAAGAACAAGAAGAACUCCUCGAUCCAGCGACCUGGGGAUCUCUAUGGGUCUUACCAUUUUUCUGUCCCGGGUGCGAACCCCAACAGCAACGAGAUGUCUUCCUUUGUUUUCGAUGCGUCUGGCUACGACACGGAGCAGCCGCUGAAGUCGCAGCUGGUGGAAAAAACGAGGCAGAUGGGCCUCCCGCUAAACUGGCUCAGUGAAUCGAAGAAGUGCGAGAUGCGGGCGAUUUUCGAACUCACGCCAUCGUUCCUUGACGGACGGUACGUGAUGAAAGUGGAGGUGAAUUCCGGAGACCGGAUCCUCUGUUCCCUCAAGAUCGAGCACGGGGUGUGCAAGAUGCCAAGCGUUUUCGGUCCGGGAGGCGGUUUCGGCACCACGAACUCCCUAAUCUCGAUCGCAAAGGACGACAUGCAGCUUGAUACAACCAAAAAGGAAGACUCGAAAAAAGAACACAUCAAAUUUUCCAAAACGCGCGUGGCUUUGCCGCUGCGGAACCGCUUUCUCGGCGGGACGGGCAACGCGGCGACCCCGGGGUCCGCGAAAUUUCCCUGGUUCAACCCGAGCGAGGGGAUGACGUUUGAGCUCGACCCCGCAAAGCAGGCCUUCCCGAAGCAAAUGACAAGCGUUACGGUGAAGCACGAAGACGGGACGGAGACGACGGCCAAAAAGGAGCAGAAAUUCGAGCUGAAGCAGUGGGAGCUCGACCCCAGUGCCGUACAGAAAUUGCACCGGUUGAACUUCACUUUGACGAGCAAGUUCUUCGACGACGCCAUGUGCAGUUACGGUCGGGUUCUGCUGGAAAGACGAUACGUGGUAAACGUUUUCGACGGGCUGUGGACCUGCGCGUUGGUACGAGGGACGAAACAGCUGUCCGACUUAGAGCAAACCGGUUCCCCGAGAGGCGACGAGGGCGAAAAAACAACUGCAGAGGAGCAGAAGCAAGACCAGCAGCCGGCUUCGCAGAAGCACGCGUUCUCCGCGAAUCGUCAGCAGAAGGUGGAGCAGGAGAAAAGCCUGACGGCGGACAAACCGAAGCUGUUCGUGAACAAGCAAGCACAGGAAGCACAAGAGCUGAAGGAGACGAUUGAGCAAAUGCGCAUGAACUUCAAAGUCCCGGAGGCGGUGAUCACCGUGCAAAACGGCAUUUUCCACAUGAACAGCCUGCGGAAGGUGGUUCCCAUGGACUUGUUCGAUUUGUCCAUGCACGCGCUGAGCGACGAGUUCUGCGUUCGGCGCCCGGGCACGGGAAAGGAGCCCGAAGAUCCGAAGCCGAAGGAGUACUACUUCGACACGCCCGACUGGACGCGAUUCGCGCUCGACGUUGCGGAGUCGGACGACUUGCGGAAAAUCAUGAAUCGCGGUGGUGGUGGGGGUGCCAGGACGGGACAAUUCCAGAAAAUGAAAACCACCCCGAACCUGAACAGAUCCUCCACCGUCGCAGCAGUCGUCGGGGGCAGCAAAGGGAACAAGCCCGGAGAGCCGGAGAAACCGCAGGCCAUGCCAAAAUUGGUUUGGCGCAAUUCGGCACAGUUCCAGGCACCGAAGAUGUGCCGAUUCAUGAAACACUCGAUUUUCACGGACCUGGAGAAAAUCGUCUGGACGAAAAUCGACGUCUGCAAGGACUUCGACGGCAAGUGGACGUGGGAAAUCGGCUCCUUGCAGAAAGCGGAGGAUUCGAUCACGGGGAACAAGUACCUCGUCUUCGUCCCGGACAAGGGCGGGGACAACGAAAAGGACGACGGGGAGGAAUUCAGUUUCGACCUGCGGCAGGUCGCGGCAAACGCGGAGGUGGAUGUGAAACGAGAGACCAUUGAGGAUGACACGACGUCGACCUUUGGCGGCGCAUCAGCAGUAGAACUCCAACCGGAGAAGGAAAAGGGCCCGAAAAUCGUCCGCACCACGACCGAAAUGGUUCUGGCCGUGAAAUCUGGUUUGAUCUCUGUGAACAACGAGAAGAUGUCGAUCCUCGAGAAGGAUCCGGAUCGGGUCAACGUGCCCCGGUACGCGCAGAGCCUGGACGACCGCGAAAACUUCUUCGUCCUCGAGUCCCCGGAUUUGGAGGAACUCAGGAAGCAAACCGCCUCCACGGCGUUGGUGUCCACGCUGUCCACGACGGGUUCGAAGUCUGGCGGCAAAUACAGCCGCGCCGACCGACUCAGGGGAAACGACAAGAAGAUGAAAAACGACAAGAAUAAGCCCCAAGUCCAGGGCCACUGGGCGGCAAACGUGACGGAGCUCCAGUUUCGGGUGCAGAACCCGAAGAACGAGGAGGACCGCAAGGUGCGGAUGCGCUGGCGCCGCGAACCCGAGCCGGAUGCAAAAUUGCAGAAGUUGCUGAACGCGUUUGCGGGGAAAUGGCAGCUGGAAGUGUACCCGUUGUUCACAAGUAACGAGCCGGAAACGAUCUUGCAAACGACUGUUGGCGUCGACGGGCGGUUCAAGAUGGCCGGAGAGAUCUUCAAGUACCGACUGAAAGGCCCGGACAGAAGGUUCCAGGCCCUGCACUUCGAGCUUCCCGACAUCGGGUCGAAGGCGCCGGUAGACAUUCCGGUCAAUCUGCAGAGAAGAGUGAAGGUCGAAGGAGAAGAGGACGACGGCAAGAAGAAGGCGCCAAAGCCGCUGUACAAGAUGCAGACCGCAAACGUCGCGAUGAACGCUUUUGGUGCGGUGAAGGCGUUGUCUCCGGUGGAAAAAACGGAGAAGCCAAAGUCCCGACCGGUUUCCGCGAUGCUGCUCCGACCGAGCUGCAACAUCGGGGAUGAGCGCAUGGUCUUCGAGCUGUCGAAAGAAGGUGAGGGGCCGUUCAAAAUCGUCUUUGUCCGCAAAGACCCCUUCCAGAGCGCAUUUGGCGCGAAGAUGGGGGCGAGUCCUGCGGCAGGGAACAACCGCCACCGGUCGAUCGAUAUCGCCAGUAACUUUAACGGCGUCUACCGCAUGUGCUACAGCGUGCCCCGAGGGAAAUUGGGACUACCGGCCCUGAACAACAGUGUAGUGGGUACUUCUAGUUCGGGAAAUGUCGCCACAGCAAGCGGAAAGAAAAGCACGAGUCAAGUUCUCGACAUGACGUGCCCCGUUUCGGUCGACCGGGGGUUGUUCCUUUUUCCAACGGCCGAGGCCGCAACCAUUCGCCCGGCAGAUUUGUCCAUCUGCGAGACCAUCUACUUCGAGUGUCCCACGCAAUUUGCGGAGUUGGUGGUGAAGCCGUUCCUGCCCGUGAAUCGACCGGGAUCACCCUCAUCUCCCGCCGGGGGCCACGAGCCCCUCAUUCCAGAAAGCGACCUGCUCAAAAAACCCGAGAAGUACAUCUUCCGGCUGGCGAAAGGCGCGCGCGCCGAAUCAACGACGCUUGAGUUUUACUACGAGGACCAAGCGUUGAAUGUGAAAAUCAGCAUAAUGUUGGAGAAGAUCGCCUUCCUGGAUAAUCUCCCAGUCGAAAACCCGCUCAACACGCUCAUGUCGCCGAAGCUCGCUACUCAUUUGCUGAAAAAAGCACAAAUUCCCGACCCGUUGCAUUUCGCAGAAUCAUUGGUGAUCAAGAACUUUCUUCCGCCCGUCGAAGCGGGGUUCGAACCCAACUCCUUCCCGAGACAGCUGAAGAACCUUCCCACUCGGUUCACGCUCGCGGUGUACUGCGAAUCCGAACGGAAGCAGUUUCGGCUGACGCGCGUGCCGGCAAUCCAAACCACGUCUGAUUGGGAGCAAUGGCAGCUGGGGAAAGCGAGUUGCGCACAGUUGCUGAACUUCGGGAUGAGCGACAUGAGCAAGAAUUGCGUCUACAAAUGCCCGAAUCAACUCCAAGUGGGGUCCGUUUUGCAGUUUCGAUUACAUCUGGAAGAGAACACCGUGAACAACUUGCCCAGCGCUGGUGACAACGCGACUUCUUCUCUCUCGGACAAUAACGAGACCGAGCCGUUUUACUACUGGCGUAUCCAACCCGGGAAAAACAACCUCACCAUCGACAUGGAACUCCUCGAGGAUUGCAUCAUGCGGCUUGGCUCCACCGGCCUGAAGCAGAUGUGGUUGGGGUCCAGCUACACAAGCAGUCCCGCGACGACCCAGUACAGUUUGAUGGCAGAGCAGAAUCUUGAAUUCCAACAAGCCGCGUUUUACUUCAAACAGCAGAAGGGCGGUUUGUGCGCACUACCGGUGGUUCAGUCGUACCUACAGACGAGAAAUCUGCUUCCCAUAAAGUCCCUCAAACUCGACAAGCCGCCGAUGCCGAACGGAAAGUUCCCGAUUACCAUUGAUGUCGGCGCGAUGGAAAACCAGCACUGUCUCGGUAUGCGGGUGGUUUUCCUUGACCCUCUUGGCUUCCUUUUCAACUCCUCCGCAAACGCCGGUGGGGCGUUCGCCAAGACUAUGCUGGCAUCCGCAACCGGCGUCGCGGGCGCGGUCAGCGCUACGGAAAAGAGCCAGAUGCUUCUGCGAAAGCGCAGCUCCAAUCAGAUCCUCCGGACCGGAGGGGACGAUCCGGGGAGGCUUCUGGAAUUGCUGCAGCAAACCGGGUUGGACACCAUUGUGCAGCAAAGCGCGCCGGCGAGCAAUCUUGAUGGGGAGCAAAACACGAGAUCGGUUCUGUGCAACCUGGAUUUGAAUUCCCCAGCAGUCCGGGCCCUGAAAUACAACAGCGCCUUCGGAGGCUCGCAGUCCACCGCGAAGUUCGCGCUUGGGCCGGACGACGAGGCAAACCUCGCCAAUCCCGGGCACUUUGACAAGUUUGAAUUGGUUUACCUGGACCCGGUCGGAUCAUUUUACCGGAGAACACAGGAGCUGCAGAGUCAGAAGUCGAACGACAACCACGUGAAGCACCAGAAGCCGGAGAUUGGUUUGUUUGUGGACAGGAGAAAAUUUCCCGCCUUGCUCGGACAGAAACCCUUGCCGCGAAUCGCGGAGGACGAGUACGCCUUCAAGUUGAUUGACACCGACGCGGAAAAGGAGUUGAUUGAUUCCGAUCAACUGACGAGGGAGGAGAUCCAGUUUUUCCGGAACGCGAAGCUACACUUGGAUUUCAGCGACGAUGUGCCAAAGGUGCUGGGAGCUGCGACUACAUCGAGCGGCAGUAAGGGUGCCCUUGUCGGAGCUAGUACGACCGAUCGCCAGCUAAGUACCUUCGAGCAGCAGCAAAGCGUUGCGAAGUUCCCCGCGGGGUUCUCGGUCGACCUCGCGGACGACGACAGCAGCUUUCUACAGGACCGCGAAAAGCGUUCGGCCUUCAUCGAGUUCUUGGAAAUUCGCCGGACCGACAUUGUCCCUGCGCCCGAGAAUAACACGGACAGGAUAUCCUAUGUAAAAACGUCCCCACCCCAGAGUUGUCAUGCAAAUGCGCAAGGGCAGGAACAUCUGUAAUGCGCAUCUCCAUGGGAGGCAUUUUCAGUCGUGUUUUGACAUUUGUAAUGCUGUAAACAGGAUAGAAAAGUGGCUUUGUCAUGCGGCUUUCCUUCCUAGCCAGUACUACACUGCAGGUGGAAACUUGUCAUGCAGAACUCCCAAAGCAAGAAAAUUUGUCUUGCAGACUUCCCAUCUUGACUAUGGUGUGGGGACGUUUUUACAUAGGAUACAGGAACCCCAGCGACUUGAAGAAAGACUUGGAGUUCUAUCGCAACGCCGCGGGGCCGCUGGUUCCAGGCUUCGGCUUAUCCAGGAAAAAACACCCAUCCACAUCCAAUUUGUCAUGCAAAACAUAGACAUACAUAAAGUCCUGUGUUUGUCAUGCAAAAAAUGGAUGUGGAUGGGUCUUUUUCUGUGGAUACGGCUUGAACGGUUCGUCCAACGGCGCGACUUCCGGCGUGAAAUUUCGGCCAGGGGGAGCACCUGCAGAUGAUGAAGAAAACGAAGCGGUGGAACCAGCGGACCCCGAACUUGACGAAAAUGGGGAGCCCGUAGUAAAAGAAGAAGCCCCCCUGGAAAACGCCAACGAUGCCACUGAAGAUGAUGACAACGAGGACCGCAAGGAACAGGAGCGUGCGUUAUCGUACUUUUCCACUGGCAAGCAAUGGGACAAGUACAUGAAGCUUGAGACUGAAAUCACUUUCAAGUGCCUGGAUGAUUUUCUGCGACGCGACGUCCCGGAUACCAGCUACUUCCCGCACGGCCCGGAGCCCAUCGCCUUGGAGUUGAAGGAGCGCUCCCUCGCGCUCCAGCAGCGCGAGAGGAACUCGCUGAGGUAUUACAACGAAGACAGCGGCAACUGGGAACGCGAGAAUUUGGAAAAACUCUUCCCGACGUCGGUUAUCUACCCAGGGGGACAAGAUAAUCGCUCGGAGAGCGGCGCGCCGUCGAACAAAAACGUGGCAGACCAGCAGCAGUCGCCUCAUCAAAUGAAGAGUACAUCGUCGUCGAAAGAGCAUCAACUAGCGGGGGCUGCGACGACUAACAAUCCCAAUGUGCAACUUUUUGUUUCCAACAACAUGACGAAGAACAGUAUUCUGAUCAAGGAACUUCCUUCCGCCGACAAUAACAACGACGGUAAUCCGGUUGAAAUUCAAAUCGACAAACUUUCCCCCAACAUCGACUGCAGUGCGUUGAUGCCAGCGAACGCUGGAAAUGCGACGUUCCGCGUCGGAUCUCGACUCGGAGUCUACCUGCUGGGGGAUCGAGAUUACAAAAAAAACCCUUUGAUGAUUCAAGAGCUCAACCCGGAUGCGAGCUGUCUGUUUGGCCUCCCGACUUUCAAUCGUAUCGUGCUCGAUGACGACUUAUUGAAAUUCUAUAAGCAAAUCAGCCUAAAUAUCAGGGGUGGCAGCAGCUCCGGGAGCGGCAGUCCGAGCGGGGGAGCAGGCGGAUCAUCAUCUUCUCCGUCAAACUCGCGCAACAAGGCGGAGAAAUCCGCUCUCCCACUGUUGGAGCACCUGACGCACUAUGAGGCGAAGCAGUUUGCGUUGCAGCAAAACUUGGUGCACUUCCCCCCGCCGAAAACCGAGGCGGAAAAGAAAGAUAUGGUCGAAGAGCAGUGGCAAGCAGACACGCUCCUGAGCAUCAACAAGGCGGCGCCGGUGGAGCAGCCAGAAAAUCUACACCCAAAGGAUGGUGGUGCUCCUGCGUCGACGGGUGCACCAGUAGACGAGAACACUCAACAAGAAAGCACCGAGGGCGCUGGAACAAUUCUCCACCAGCAAAGCCAAAUUUCAAGCACCUCAACAGGCGAAACGCCACUUGGUGCGUCGGCGAACGAUGCGACUGUCGGUGGUAUCACGAUAACAGGCGAGGGGAUCCCCGUCAUCGAGGAGCGGCAGCUGAUCAGCGACUUGUGUUUUCGCUUUGAAGAGCGACCGCAUAGCUUGUACGCAAAAACGGUGCAGGCAACGAGCGGAAGUAGCAAGAACAUACUUGGCAUCAGCGCGAUGCAGAGAAAGAAAGAUCUCCCCGUCGAAAUAUUCAACCGUAGUGCGGAGAAGUGGGAGAAAUACCAGUCGGUGGAGGAGUGGCUUGCGAAGUUAGGCGAUCAGGAUAUGACUUUGGAGCCUUUGUUGGACCAAAUACAGAGGACGGGCCCCUUGAUGGUCGCAUUUAAAUCCAACCCGAGUGAUUUGCUCACAGCGGCAAUAGUAACAACGGCGAGCAGCAACAGCCAUGUUGCCGCGAAAUUUGUCGACACAGAAUUUAACCACUCCGUUUUUGACACGCCUGCGAGGAGUAGUAGUGGGAACAGCAGGACCAAGUGGCUCCGGGUCUCGGAAGUAGGCAGUUACACCACAUCAUCAUCAACAGUAGCUGUAGUUGACCCUCCAGCAGGCGAUAGUGAAAAUAAAGAAACCGAAAGUAGUGCCACCCCACCGGUAGUUUCAGCUCCGACACCACGCGGAAAAUUUUCAGGAAGCCAAACCAUACAGAUCCCCGCGGAUUUCGACAGCGAUGCUGGUAUCCAGCAUAUCGCCAACUUUUUCACUACGAAGGGAGCUUCAUCUUCAGCAACCGACGAAACAGAAGGCGCAGGUCCAGAUGGAGAUGAAGCAGAAAAGGCUCGACAGAUUGCCGACUGGCGAUUUGCGCUCCGUGCACUUCGGCAGACCGUAAAGAAAAUCACCGGCACACCCGCAGCCGGGUUUUACGUUGUGACGCACCGGAUCGCACAGAGCGGAGAGGUGUGCUACGUGUUGGUGGAUGAUUUCUUGCCAGAGCAGCUGCAGGUGUUGCAUUCUAGCACGUGGAUUUUGCUCAAAGUACUGCUCAAGAUCUACGGUCGAAAGCCGGAGUUCGCGAUUCAAUUCUAGAAAUAAAGUCGAGAUACCGAUUUCGACGACGUGGAUAUGCGAAUGUCAGAAGUUUAUUUUACCAGUAUAAAGCGCAGCUGCGCUGCAGCACAAAACUUAAAUUUAUCUUGUUUUUUCCAUCCUUAGUUACCUCACAUUUAGGAGCACCUUGAGCUCGAGCUCCUUUCUCAUCGUAUUUUUUUGAAAGUGACGAGCUACAACGACCUAUUUCCCCCACUCUUGAGCUCGAGCUAGCUAAGCUUGAAGCUCCAGAUGAUCCGUUACUUCUCAUGACUAUGACUUACAUAUGAAUACCGCUAUUCCUCGACGCCAUCCCGCGAUUUUCAUUUUCAGCAACAGUUACAAAACAAUCAACGUGAAAAGGACCGCCGGGGCGGAGUGAUCGACUGGCACGACAGUGACAGACGGAAGUCAAG